UAUGUCGCAAAAAGAUAUAAAUUUUACAGAAAUUUCAAAAAAUAUUUAUAAAAAUCAUAAUGAGCACGAGAAAAAUAUUACUGGGAAUCGGGUUAAAACUUCUCUAAUUAGUUUAUCAGACUUCUAUGGUGGUUAUCAGGAGGAAGUUAAAAAGAUCAAUUCCGAAAUUACACCAUCCAAAGACGAUCCAGCAGUAGCUGACUUUGCGGAUAUAUUUAAAGCUUUUGAUGAGUAUCCAAGUAAUUUGCACAAACCUAAACGUCUGCCUACGAAGGAGCAACAGCAACGAAUGAAUUGUACCAUGGCACGUGAUAUGACCAUAAUGAUCAAUUCCCGUGAACAGUCACCCAGCAGUACCUCUGCCCAGAACAUAGCGCGCAGCCUAUCUGAACUGCCUUCAGCUGGUGAAAUCUACAACGAUUUUAGGAAGUUUCAACAGAAGCUCGCACAAUUCCUAAGCGAAGCAGAGCAACAGGAAUGUACAAAGGUGUAUGAGGAAAAGCUGGGACAGUUAUGUGCGUUUGGCAAGCAAUUGGAAAAAUUACGUCCAACUACCCAUAACAUCGAGCAAGCCUUCAACUCGGAUGAGGAAAAAAAGUUGCAGUCUAUACUUGCUAGCUUAGAAGAUUUAAAUUACAUACGUGAAAAUCAAGAAAUAUUUUCUACUAGUGGCCUCGCCACGAAUGCGCAGUCAACCCGAACCGAUAGUUUUAUGAAUUUAAUCACAUACUUAUUGAACACUGUUUCUAACAUUUAAAUAGUUUUUUAU